GAUGUGUCUCUCAGCAUGUCUGUGCAUUGUGCUUAUUAGCUUUUUGGAGGGAGUGAGCUGUUUAUGUCCUUCACAGUGCACCUGCGAUUAUCAUGGCAGAAAUGACGGCACGGGAUCAAGGUCGGUGCUAUGCAAUGACCUGGAUAUGAACGAGGUCCCUACGAACUUACCUGUGGACACUGUGAAGCUACGUCUAGAGAAGACUGUCAUCCGCAGGAUCCCUGCACAGGCCUUCUACUACCUGGUGGAGCUCCAGUACCUCUGGGUGACUUACAAUUCCGUGGCCAGUCUUGAUGUCAGCAGCUUUUACAACCUAAAGCAGCUGCGUGAGUUGCGCUUGGAUGGAAAUUCUCUGGCUGCUUUCCCUUGGGCAUCUCUGCUGGACAUGCCCCAUCUGAGGACCCUGGAUUUGCACAACAACAGAAUAGCCAGUGUGCCAAAUGAGGUGGUCAGGUACCUGAAGAACCUUGCCUACUUGGAUUUAUCAAGCAACAGACUAACCACACUACCACCAGAUUUCCUGGAGAGCUGGUCCCACUUACUUACAACAUCAUCACGAAGCCUGGACCUUACACCACGAAGAAUUAUUCUUGGUCUGCAGGACAACCCUUGGUUCUGUGACUGUCACAUUUCCAAAAUGAUCGAGCUGUCAAAAGUUGCGGACCCUGCUGUAGUGCUUCUCGAUCCACUGAUGGUCUGUAGUGAGCCUGAGCGCCUGACAGGGAUUUUGUUUCAGCGGGCUGAGCUGGAGCAGUGUGUGAAGCCGUCUGUUAUGACCUCGGCCACCCAGAUCACGUCUGCUCUGGGCAGUAAUGUUCUGCUGCGGUGUGACGCUUCUGGCUACCCUACCCCACAGCUCACCUGGACCAGAUCCGACAGCUCGCCAGUUAAUUAUACAGUAAUUCAGGAAUCUCCAGGGGAAGGAGUCAGAUGGUCCAUAAUAAGCUUGACAGGCAUUUCUUACAAGGAUGCUGGGGAUUACAAAUGUAAGGCCAAAAAUUUGGCUGGAAUGUCAGAAGCUGUGGUUACUCUGACAGUGGUUGGUGUUGUCACGACCACCAUAUCAUCAGAUACCUCUGAAAGAACUGGAGAUCACCCUGAGGAAGAAGUCCAGCCAGGAGCUAGAGCUACAUCCAUACCUGGUUCAUUGUCAUCUCCCUGGCCUUCUUCCUCCCCUGCUUCUUCCAUUUUUCUUUCUACUUCUACUUCAUUUCCUCCCUCCACUGCUUUCUUCUCCUCAUCUCCUUUCCUCUCCUCCAUCGUUUCUUCAGCCACAACUCUAAGCACUAGAAUUUCAACAAGCCCCACCAUGGCCAGCCAGCAGUCACUCCAGCUCCACCCAGAUGGGGAAAGAAAUUUAAAGGUGGAGAUGGGUGGAAGUAAGCUUCCCUCAGCCAGUGCAAGUAAAAAAGAAGAGUUGGCAUCAGUGGAUCAAGCGACGCCAAUGGAAAAGAAUGCCACGAUAGAAAAUCUCAGGGUAGUCGGUGAGACUGAAGAGAGUGUGACUUUGAUGUGGAACACCAUCAACACCACACAUAAGUCUGAGAUGACAGUAUGGUACUCCAAGUAUGGUGAGAAGGACCUGCUGCUGCUGAAUUCAGACUCCAGCAAGAGCCAAGUAACCAUAGAUGGCUUGGAGCCUGGUAGGCAAUACACAGCAUGUGUCUGUCCGAAAGGAGUGCCUCCCCAGAAAGACCAAUGUAUUACCUUUUCUACUGACAGAGUUAAAGAAGAAGGUGAUUCUCGAGUGUCUUUUCUUGUCGUGGUGAGCGGUGCUGCCUGUGUUGUUGUCUUGCCAUUGAUUUUUUUCCUGUUGUACAAAGUUUGUAAACUGCAAUGUAGGUCAGAAUCCUUCUGGGAAGAUGAUCUGGCAAAAGAAACUUAUAUCCAAUUUGAGACCCUGUCCCCCAGGUCUCAAAGUGUAGGGGAACUUUGGACGCGAAGGCAUAGAGAUGAUUCAGAAAAACUGCUGCUUUGUUCUAGGUCAAGUGUGGAAUCUCAGGUGACUUUUAAAAGUGAAGGUUCGAGGCCAGAGUAUUAUUGCUAAGGUUUUACAGCUUAGGUACAUGUGAACUCCACAAAAUUUCUUCCACGCAAUUAAGGAUCUGAGGAUGUAGUUGACCCUCUGAUUGGAUGACUUUUGUUCAGACUUUCACAUCCUCUAUGAAAAUCACAAAUGGAGUGCUUUUAAUUCUGCUUUAAAAAAAUUACCUUGUGAGGGGCACCUGGUUGGCUCAGUCAGUAGAGCCUGCAACUCUUGACCUCGGAGUUGUAAGUUCGAGCCCCAUGUUGGGUGGAGAGAUUACUUAAAAGCUACCAUGCGACUUCUGAACCGAAAAAACAAACAGUCUUGAUUUUUGUUGUGCGGAAGAUGUCCAUAGAAAUAAUUUUUGGGGUAGUGCUUAAUAAGUUAAUAGUAUGUUUUAGGGUAAUGUUUUAGUUCUUAAAAAUAAAUUGAUGUGAGAAUUGUUGUAAAAAAGUGAAGUCUGAAUUUUAAAAAGAUAGUUUUUCUGGGAAGUGAAGAAAGAUUAGUAUAACCAGCUAAGCCUUGAUGUUCAUCAUGUUUGAAGUGCUUUAUGGUAUUUGCUGUGGGUAUUUAUUGCCGUUGCCUAGUGGGCGAAAGUGAGAAAGUACAGAAUUUUGCAUUCACUAAGGUUAAGUCCAACCCAAUGGAGAGGGAGGGCUCUAACUCUUGGUACCAUUAUGCAUUACAAGACUGUAGAGUUGUAUUAAUAUUGUAAGAAAAAAUCUUCCUUUAUCCUUAGAAAUAUAGGUAUUAACAAAAAGAAGUUUAAAAAGAGGAUCAUGAAAAUAGUAAGGCCAAUUCUAAAAAUAUUAACCAUUGCAUCCUAAUACAUUUGCUA